AUUACAUAAACUUGCAUGUGCCUCAUGUUGUCAAAAAUGUAACACUGUACUGUAAAACAAGUGUACAUGAUGCAACAGCAGCACAUGCACUGUUGUUGCAUCAUGUAGUAUAUACAGUCCUCUGCCAAAGGUACUUGAUGCAAUAAUAGUCACUAAUGUACUUUAUAGUAAUCCUACUAAGUUAGCUUGUUCAGAGGAUUGAAUUUACUUAUUUAACUUUAUUAUCCUCAAGGAAAAUUGGUUUACAGGAGGCACAUGCAUAUAAUCACAUUCACAUAAAACUCAGCAGACAUCUGAUCUAAUAUAGCUCAGCACAUAUCAAUGUAUUACUGUCUUACAUUAUACUCGUAGCUAUAGAUGACACUGCACAAAAAAUCAAACUUAUGCAAAGGAAUAAAAUAAAUGUGCAAAGUCUUCAUCAGACAAAAAAAUACUAAAUACCAAUAAUGAACUAAAAAUAAACUGAUAAAAAACACUAAGUAAACUACUUACAAUGGCUUAUAUUUGUGCAUUAUAUGAAGUAAUGGCUGGAACAACUGCGGGGCAACUGUGGUUCAGUGGGUAGAGCAGUCGUCUCCCUACCAGAGGGUUGGUGGCUUGAAUCACGGUGCCUGCACUCAACUGUCCUUGGGCAACACACUGAUCCCCCCAGUUGCCCCCGAUGGUUAGAGCCAUGGCAGAUGGCUGCCUUGGUUCUGUACCGGAAACAAAGUCCUUGUGUGUAACAUACUUGGCCAAAUAAAGGUGAUUAUUAUUAUUAGCUACCCUAUGGGGAGAGACUGUUAUUUUAACCUGUUCUUUACGUUACUGGUGGACAAAAGUGUACGGGGGUGGGGGGUUGUCCUUUUGAAAUCCACUUAGAGUAAGAGACUCAUUUGGGGUUACAGUGAUUCAAGGGAGUGAAAGUUCUAUCAAAAGCAACUUGUAGCAGUGUAAACACUUGGGGGUUUGUCAAAUUGAGCACUGGUAUGGAAAUUACCAGCAUCAACCUGCCAAAUGGGGGCAUGAUAUUCUCCAAACAGGUCAGGCAGUGAGUGGAAUCCCAGUGCUUUCACUGAAAAGGGUAAACUGGCUGAUGACCAAAGACAACUGGGUGGCUUACAGACACAGGUCAGACAGGGGGAGGAAGGGAGGGAGUGAGGGGUUUCAGUGAAAUGAGCCAGACUACAUAUUGGCAGCAAAGAGACAUGGGAGUUUUAAAGGAAGUGAGCCACAAUUUUUGGAUGUAAGAAGUAGUGCCGUGAGCAGGGUUUGGUUAACACGAAAGUGGGGCAGGUGGGCAGCUGCUAAUCUUUCGGCAGGAAUGUCUGAGAGUAGAAGGUAUGAAAGGAGGAGGAGCCCUGAUGAUUUGGUCUGUUAGCGUGCCAGGAACCCAUUCUCAUGUUGUUAAAAGGGGGCAGUAAAGACAUAAACAGGCCCAAUGGAAUUAAGGCGCACUCAGAGGAGUGAUCAGGGGGGAUUUGCUGCCCAGUGGGAAAACAAUACUGCUGUCACAUAACACACACUACACAAGUUCACCAGCAAUGCUUCACAACAGACCCCAGCCUGUAUAAAUCAGAUUAGAGCCUUCUUUUGUUUGGGAGGCAGAACUGGGGUUAACAGAGGAUAGCCUCGCUGUGGGCCUGGCUUGACAGGACAGGGGGUAUGUGGACGCUGGCAGGCUGGUAAAGAAAAAAGCUGGGGGCAUGUUGUGGUGGGGUGUUUCCAUGUGUGUGAAGCCCCAGACAGACAGGGCCAUGGCAAUGCAUGAAAGCACAAUAACAGGAUGGAUAAAGUGUGUGUGUUUUUAUAAGAGGCAGUUCAUGCUUUGCGCAGCCACAUGUCCGCUAAGAUUGAGUGAUGGAAUUUUUUGUUAUCUUCCCAAGUCUGCAACAGUCUAUGUGGUCUCUGUGUGGACAUCCGUGUUCAGGCCUAAAGUUUGUGUCCACAGGGACGUUCCGCAUAGCAAGAGCCCAAACUGUGCAUGUGCCACAGUGCUUGGACUCUGUUGGCAGACAGAAGGCAGACCCUCAAUUUAAAGUACAAAUACUAGCAUGUGCGCACCCCUCAUCUGUGUCCGUGUGCGCAUGAGGGUAUGGAAAAAGCAUCAAUUUCCCAUGAGUCAGUUGAUGAUGUUGGAUGGAGACAGGAUCUAAGCUAAUAUGGGACAGUAACAUUGGCAGACACAAAUAUAACACACCAGUUUGAACCUGUUCAAAUAAUAUGCCCCCAAAAUACGGAAGCAGUUCAAGGACAAAGCACAGAUUAGGCUCUGCUUUUAGCUGAAUAUCAAACAGCUACAAAAAUGUCUAGAACUUUCUUUAUAUUUCUAUCACUCUGUUCCUCCUCAGUGCCAGCUCUGGCCCAGGCUGCAGACAUGCCUCUCCUGGAAGAGACCACUCUACCACAAGAGCGCCCAUCUACCCUCCCUGUGGUUAUCAUAGGCAACGGGCCAUCAGGUAUCUGCCUGUCCUACCUGUUGAGUGGAUAUAAGCCCUAUCUUGAUUUGUCAACUGACCACCCAAACCCGGUACUAUACAGGAAACUACAGGAGACCAAGCACCUACCCAUCACUGAACAGGAUCUGGAAUAUUUGAGUGAAGGUCUUGAGGGGAGAUCAAGAAACCCAGUGGCUCUGCUUUUUGACACACUCUUGCAUCCCAAUGCUGACUUUGGCUACGAAUUUCCUCCAGUCCUUCAGUGGAGGAAGGACAAGCAGCAACACAUCCCACAUCUGGUGCUGGGGAAGGCAACACCUGGAGGUGCUUGGCAUGCAAUGGAAGGCUCCAUGCUAACUAUUAGUCUUGGCAUCUGGAUGGAGCUUCCCGGGGUCAACUACAAAGAUUUGACAAAUAGGAAAUGCAGGGAUGUAUCCAGUGACAGAGCCACCCCAGAGGAGAUCUCAUCUUAUUACCUUAACUAUGUGAAGUUAAAGGGCCUCCAAAAGAAUUUUAUUGACAACACCUAUGUGACCUCGGUCCAGAAACUCUGCCGGGGGCACGAGGGACAAGGUCUGGAGAACGGGCACACUGAUCAAGGAGAUGUAGGGGUGGGAGAGGGUGGGAACGAAGGCUUUGAGGGAAAUGGAGUUGAGUGCAUUAACAGUGGAGUAGGGGGGGCUCUCUGGGAAGUAAGGGGUUACCAGCAGGUGCAGAACGACACUCAUGUCCCCUUCUCUCUGUUUGCUGAGAAUGUAGUUCUGGCCACAGGUGCAUCUGAUUCGCCGAUUCGUUUAGGUGUAGAGGGGGAGGACUUACCAUUUGUAUUCCACAGUGUCUCAGAUCUGGGUCUGGCUGUAAGCCGGAGAAAGCUAGAUAUUAACUCUGAUCCAGUUUUAAUUAUAGGUGCUGGUUUAAGUGCUGCAGAUGCAGUUCUAUGUGCUUGCAACAGCAACAUCAAAGUGCUACACGUCUUUCGUAAGAGUGUAGAUGACCCAGAUCUCAUUUUUAAGCAGCUGCCCAAGACCCUGUACCCCGAGUACCACAAAGUUUACAACAUGAUGUGUUCUCAGACCUACAAAAACGUGACUCCUUCCUGUGCUCUAAACAGACCCCAGGCAGUGAGUAUUGCCUCUUCAGUAUGUGCCAAGAUGUGUCCAAAACCCCAGCUUGCCACCGGUAACAUGGCUGGUAACACCAGUGACAGCUUGUUUUUUGACUACACCAGUUUCCCAGAACACUGCGUGGUGUCACUCAAGCCUGACAUGAACUGUCUGCUGCAGGGGAACAACUCCCUCAAGGCAAUCAAGAUCUCCAUGGCCCUGGUGCUGAUUGGGACCAACCCAAAUCUGUUUUUCUUGAAGGGGCAGGGCCAGUACCUGGGUCAGGAUCCAUCAAAACCCAUCUCCUGCAAGCAGAAUCCCAUUGACAUCCACCCCUACACUUUUGAGUGUACCAAGGAGCCAGGUCUGUUUGCCAUGGGCCCACUAGUGGGAGACAACUUUAUUCGCUUUCUGAAAGGCGGUGCUUUAGCCAUCACCUCCUGCUUGCUGACGAGACUCAAGAAGAAAGGAAAGCUCAUCAGCAAUGGAGGAAAUAACUUCAUUUGAAAACAUGUGCAGUACACAUCGGUCAUAGGGCAAAGAUGUACGCGCUUUUACCAACAGAUGUAAAAAGUGAAGGUUUCUCAUCAAAGAUUAGGCAUUUUUACAACUUUGAGACCAAAAAGACAAUGGAUGUACACUAAUUCGUUUCCAAAGAAACAAAAGAACUUGUGAGAGUCUUGUCUGACUUCAUAAGAAGUUCCCAGAGAUCCAGGUUAGUUUCCAUUAGUCAUAUGCUGGGGAUGGUACCUGGUACUAUUUUUGGUAUCGCCUUCAUUGAGGUUCCGGGUGAGCUGAGUUGAUACCAAACAGUGACAUGUAAACACUGCAGACUACUGAUUGGUCAGAGAAAUUCACCAUUACUACGUGGCCUUCUUGUCACCGAUGAACAUGAUGUUUACAUGUGAUGACACCAUUGCUCGUUCUUCGUUCAUUCAUAAUAGUAGCUGCCACUUCUCUCUUCUGAGUGUUAUAAAGUGUAAAAUUUAUGGUGACAGAGGUCUGGAGCCUCUGUUACUACAUAACAUAACCAUUAUAUUAUGUGAACCACUACAUCAUACAUCUUAUCACAUAGUCCCUAGGUUACUGAAUGUGAUGAUAUGAGCACAAUGGCUAUAGCUAUGCUUGCUAAAUAGAGUUAGCUGGCAUGUUAGCAGGUCAUUACAUCUCCAAAAAUGUCAGAGCAAAUUUGUAAUUGGAAUUACUUGGAUAAAUUGACCAUAUAUUUAAAAACUAGGUGGAUAUUAUCUGACCUGGAAAACUAUCAAAACUUGAGAAAAUGGCAUAAUAACAGUCCUAGGAUGAAAAAUUAUGAGUUUUGAGUCUGCCCUACCACCAUGGGCCAGUAACUUCAUGGAAGUUUUGGCAUCACUGUGACAACCAGCUACACUGCAGGGGGACUAUCUGCAGUAGAAAACAAAGCACCUUGUACCAAAAGCAAGCAGAUUUGAGUAGAAUAGAGUCGAGUUGAGCCAGUACUAGGCAGUGGAAAAGGGGCUUUAUUUUCAUCAAGCUUAUUUAUUUGUUCAAGGCGUGUCUUUCAGUCCAUUUACUAAUAACACUUAAUUUGCUGUUGCAUCACAUUUGAAGUCAUUUUUCCUAACUUUAGUAGAGGGAAUACUAAAGUGACGACUGCCCUAGUUCUCCAUGCAGGAUAUACCUACCUACUGUUUACACUAGGAAAUGCACAACAGAACCUAACAAAUUCAUGUCUGAGCAAACUUAAAUGUUCCUUAAUAUUCUGAGCCUACCAUUUUUGCCUUUUUUCCUCAACUUAAGAUGAUUUGUAGGUCGUUUUAUCCAACAGUUAGAAAAGUCAUAUAAAUCUUACCUGUUCCCGCUAAUGAAAGGCUUUCUAUACAAAUGUUAUCACUUGUGAAUCUGAAUCUAUUCUUGGGCACCCGCCACUAAUUUUAAUGUGAACAUGACAUGUUGUGGGAAAAAGCCACGGUUAUUAAAGGGUCAUUCUGGUGUUUUACAUUUUUCUUCUUCUAUUUGUUUGCAAAGGUUGAAAGAUUUCUUGGUAUAGGUUUUGAAUUGGCAGGUUUUGGUUUGUUUAUAUUUACAUUCAGAACAAGAGCACACGUUAUAGCGCAAGAGACUGCCAAAUGGCGAUACAAAUCUUCUGGAUUUGAUUUUCUAGAAAAAUUGUAAAUUUUUUCCACUUGACAACAAAUUUCAAUGCUGAUACAUGGAAACUUCUUACAGAAAUUAACCAAAUAAAUUGGUGCAAUUAUAAUUUGCACCAGAAUGUUCUUUAGCAACAUAAUGUGUAGAAAACUGUAUAAAACACGACACACCAGAAUGGUCCUUUAAGUUCAGCCUUUUUUGAAGACAACUGACAAUUAUCAUAACUAGAAUAUAGAGAAAAGGUAAAACAAAAUUGCCUUCAUAAUUAAUCUUCAUGCCAAAAUUACACUUAGUCAUUUCAGACAGACUCAAAGUCAGUUCAUCUCUU